UCAAGAUGGCGGGUCUAUCAAGCAUUCUGCCUUCACCCAGUCAGAGAGUUUAUGAUAGAGAUGAUGAAGAUUUCCACAGAAGAUCACAUUCACAGUUUGGGCUGGUCAGUUCAAAGCCGUCAAUUGCUCCAUGUAUGCCCUAUGGCCACAGAAGAGGCUGGGUGCCAAGAUCACAAGAGGACUUUGGGGAUGGAGGGGCAUUCCCUGAAAUUCACGUGGCUCAGUACCCACUGGGAAUGGGAUCCAAGAAAACCACAUCUAACUCCCUCGCUGUACAGCUGGAUCCACACGGGAAGGUUAAAUAUGAUGCCAUAGCCAAACAAGGCCAUGGGAAAGACAAGGUUGUCUUCUCCAAGUUCCAAGACCUAGUCCCUAAACCCAUGGAGGAUGAUGACCCAGAGCUUCAGAGACCUGAUGAGGAGAAGGUUCAGGAGACCACAGAGAAGACACGACAAGCAUUGGAGAAACUUGUGGCGUCAAAAAUCACUGCGGCCAUGCCUGUUAGACACGCUGAUAAACAAGCUCCAGCUCAGUAUAUCAGGUACACCCCAUCCCAGCAAGGUGUGGCAUUUAACUCAGGAGCCAAACAGAGGAUCAUUCGCAUGGUUGAGGCACAGAAAGAUCCCAUGGAACCUCCCAGAUUCAAAACCAACAAGAAAAUCCCUAGGGGAUCCCCAUCUCCACCAGCUCCAGUGAUGCAUUCUCCAAACAGAAAGGUGACAGUGAAAGAACAACAAGAGUGGAAAAUACCACCAUGUAUUUCCAACUGGAAGAAUCCCAAGGGUUACACCAUCCCCUUGGACAAGAGAUUGGCAGCAGAUGGCAGGGGUCUACAAGGUGUGCACAUCAAUGAGAACUUUGCCAAAUUAGCCGAGGCUCUGUACAUAGCUGACAGGAAGGCUCGUGAAGCUGUGGAGAUGAGAGCUCAAAUAGAGAAGAAGAUGGCUCAGAAGGAAAAGGAGAAGAGAGAGGAGGGACUGAGACAGCUGGCUCAGAGGGCCAGGGAGGAGAGGGCAGGCAUACGCAGAGCUGAUGAUCGGGAUGAUGAGGUGCAGGAGAGAGACGAAAUCCGCCAAGAGAGACAGAGGGACCGUCAGAGGAACAGAAAUCUGGCCCGGGCUGCCCCAGACAAACGGUCUAAGCUACAGAAGGAGCGUGAGCGUGACAUUAGUGAGAAGAUUGCCCUGGGUCUGCCCAGUACCAGUGGUGCCUCAGGGGAAGUCCAGUUUGACCAGCGUCUCUUCAACCAGUCAAAGGGUAUGGACAGUGGUUUCGCUGAUGAUGAGGCUUACAACGUGUAUGACAAACCCUGGCGCCAAGACCAGAGUAUAGCUAACUCCAUUUACAGGCCAGGUAAAGGGGUGGAGAAGGAUAUGUAUGGGGAUGACCUGGACAAGCUCAUCAAGUCAGACAGAUUUGUACCAGACAAGAUGUUCUCGGGGACAGAUCGAGCUUCACGCAGAGACGGACCUGUUCAGUUUGAAGCUGAUGAGGAGGAUCCCUUCGGUCUUGAUCAGUUCUUGACAGAAGCCAAAAAGGGACAAAAACGCAAUGCGGAGGACUCGCGUUCCGGGAGAGACUAUGAGAGCAGUAAAAGUAAACAGAAGAGGCGCGAAUGAGUGUGGAUACACCUGGAUAUGAUGAGUUGUUAUCUUAUCUGAACGUCGACCUCCAUGUACAUUUGGAAGUAAUCCUGAACUUCAGCUCUCUUUUCUGCUUUGAAAUCGGGGUUAGAUCCUUGGAGGUAAUGUGAGGCAGAAUGUGUGGAAUGACUUAUUACUGCCUGUAUCAUCAGUUUGUCUUGUUUCAGAGUGCAUAGUGAAAAUCACAAAUGUGGGACUGGAUACUUAUGAUCGUGUGCGUACAGUUCUGGUAUAUUUUUGUUGGAAAAUUCUACCAGAAGUUAUGUUAAUGGUUCCCAAAUUCUUGUAUUCUUUGAAGGUCAGUUUUUAACAUCCAUGUAUAUAAAAGUUGCCGAGCAAAAGUGAGAAUUUCCAUUCAUGUGAAUUUUUUUUUUUUUUUCAUCUUUCUUGAUUUUGUAUGUAUGAGUAUAUUGUGUUUAUUAUGAAAGUAUAGCAGACAUACCAGUAAAUAGCGUUCCAUAGUUCUGGUGUGGGUGGGGAUAUGAUUUAAUACAAAAAGUGAAGAUUAAAUGGUGCUGCUGUCAGCAGAUGGGAAUUACAUGUCAAAUGAUUUUGAAACUGUUCUACUUAGACUUACAGGUCUAUUAAAGGCCUAAUUUUCUGAUCGGUUGAGAUUAAAAUGUAGAGCCUUUAUAAACCCAGAAUGUGGACAACCUUACUUAGAACUAUCAAAUCAAGUGAUUUGAAUUUAACACAAGACAAGUUUUAUAAUCUUUUGGAACUGAUGGGAAAGAAUGCAGCACUGUACAUCCAUGGUCAACUGAAAAAAGAAAAUAGGUAUUGAUUUUAAAUAGGAAAGGUGAAACAUCAUGCAUGUCUACUUUUAUGUGAAUAUUAAAAGUGUACAUUGAAAUAAACAUGGUUGAAAGAGCAUGUAUGUAUUC